AUGGCUGGCCAGAAAGCUAUUUCGGUCUCGCAAUUUGUCGAGCACUUCCGCCGUGCUUGGCUGAAUACACAAGGAAAGUUCUAUUCAGGGCAGAGUCUCGAUCGGAAUGACUUCAAUCAUCUUCCUCGCAGGAUCGGCCUCGCCAUCAGCGGCGGUGCCGACUCCAUGGCACUUGCAUUCUUAUGUCGCCAACUAGAACGCUCGGCCUUAGCUGGGCCUAUCUCAUUCACCGCGUUCGUGGUUGACCAUCGUGCGCGCGCAGAAAGCAGUCAAGAAGCACGGACUGUGGCUGGUUGGCUUGAUGCAAUGGGCCUCAAGACAAAAAUUCUGGAGCUAGACUGGGCUCAAUUCGCAAAGCAAGACGCUCCAGGCGAGGCCAAAGAAAAGUUGGCUUUGCCAUCUGCCUUUGAAACGCACGCUCGCUUUCUGCGAUUCCGAGCCCUUGGCACGGCUUGCCGAGAAAGAGGCAUCACUGCCCUUCUAAUGGGUCACCACCAGGAUGACACAGUAGAGACCACCAUCUGGCGACUUAGUUCUGGAGGAAGAGGCACUGGCCUUGCCGGAAUUGCCGAAAUUGCUCGAAUCCCAGAGUGCCAUGGUCUUUUCGGGGUCUCUGAGAGCGGCUCGUCGGUCCAAUUAUCUCAACAUGGCAGGCAUGGUCAGAUGCCAAUGCACGUCCAAGUCGACGACAAAAAAUAA